AUGAACAGUACAGCCAUGCGUCAAAAAGACAUAAGACCUGCUGCAGCUGAGAUUGAGCACAAAGGAUUCAAGUUUCUUAUCACAGAUAGACCUUCCGACCAAACUAUUCAUGUUUACAUCCAGGAACUGAAAAAGCACAGAGUUACUGCGGUCGUCAGGGUAUGCGAACCUUCCUACAAAGUAGACGAACUCAAUAACGAAGGCAUUGAAGUUUUCGACCUGAGUUACGACGAUGGCACCUUUCCACCCAACGACAUCGUCGACUCGUGGUUCAAGAUUUUAAAGAAGCAAUUUCAUGACAAUCCUAAUGCUUGUGUAGCCGUGCACUGCAUAGCGGGCUUAGGAAGGGCUCCGGUUAUGGUCGCUUUAGCUCUCAUAGAAUUAGGACUCAAAUAUGAAGAAGCAGUCGAACUCAUUCGGGAAAAAAGGAGAGGUGCAAUUAAUUCCAAGCAGUUGAGUUUCCUUGAGAGAUACCGUCCUAAAUCUCGGCUGAAACUGAAGAAUGGACACAAAAACUCAUGCUGCGUGCAGUAAAACUGUCAUUACAUAUAUGUGUUCAAUAAAUUGCAAAAUCACUUAACUCAUAUUAUCUAAUGUGUGAAAUACAAAAAAUAUGCUUAUUUUGUGUAAACGUUCUUUUGGCCAAGUGGAAUCCGCGGUAGGCAAUUCAGGUUUUUAACAUUAUUGUGUAAAUGGUUGUUAAUAUUUCUUUAAACUGUUUUUUCAAAAUUUUAUUAUUGACGAGUAUGUUAUUGGUUGUUCUACUUAUCUCGAGGUGUUAUUUAUUACGAUUAAGUUCGUUUCCAUUCAUUGACAGCUGCUUAUAACAAUGAUUUACCUUUAUUAAUUAAACAGUUAUACCCUGCAUUAUUUUCUGUAUAUAAUUGCAUUGCAAACAUGUUGAAUCACUUAGAUUUCACAUUUUUAAGUAGACUUUCUGGAAAAAUAUAUUUUAUUAUUAUGGGUA